CAUAUACGGUAUUAUCGUUAUCUCCUAGCUAUGGUGUAUGCUAUCUGGGAAGUAAACAAUUCGCCAAAUAUUUUGCCAAAUAUUACACUGGGUUUUGACCUGUAUGAUUCCUGCUAUAACCAAGCUCGAUCAUUAAUGGAAACAACAAGGAUUUUAUCAGGAAAAAAAACUGUUGCGCUAAAUUUUAACUGUCACACAAAGAGCAUUCCAAGUGCUAUAGUUGGUGACAUGCCUUCUAAGGCCUCCAUACCAAUAGCCAGGAUUCUUGGCCUAUAUAAAUAUCCUCAGAUAAGCUAUGCAUCAGCACACCCAAGCCUGAGCGACAAGGUACAGUUCCCAUCUUUCCUAAGAACAAUUCCCAAUGAUAAUUAUGAAGUUCUUGAAAUUGCUAAUUUGGUGAAUUACUUUAACUGGACAUGGGUUGGAAUCAUAACUACAGAUAAUGAAUUAGGUAGAUCAGGCUCCCAACUCCUCACUAAGGAGAUAGAAGGUAAUGGAGGCUGUGUUGCAUUCCUUGAAAUUCUACCUAUCUACAUCUCUAUGGAAUCCGUGAACCGAAUCAUUGAUGUUAUCAAGAAGUCAAAAGCCACAGUAAUUAUUGUAUACUCGACCAUGGAGAAUCUUAUUCCUUUAAUGGAGGAAGCUUCCUUUCAAAAUGUUACAGAUAAAGUGUGGCUUGGCUGUGGAAGUUGGUCAAUAACUUCAGACUUUCCUCGCCCAGACAUCUUAACAACUUUAAAUGGCAGUCUAGGUGUGGCACCAUCAAGUGGAAAAAUUCCAGGUUUUAAAGAAUUUCUUUACAGUAUACAUCCAACCAAAUAUCCAGAUGAUAUCUUUAUUAAAACAUUCUGGGAGAAAGCUUUUGGUUGUGCUUGGGCUCCAUACUAUCCUUAUAAUACAUUUUUAAACACAUCUGCAGAUGGAAGGCAUUGGUGCACAGGGGAAGAAAGAUUAGACAGCAUUGAUCCCAAUAUAUAUGAUGUUUUCAACUUUAGAUACACUUACAAAACUCAUAAUGCAGUGUUUGCCAUUGCUCAUGCUCUACAUGAAAUGCAAUCCUGUGUACCAGGACAAGGACCCUUUGUGACUGGAUCCUGUGCAAAUAUUUUCUCGCAUAAACCCUGGCAGCUACUUCAUUAUGUUAAAAAAGUACAUUUCAAAAAUACUGCAGGAGAGCAAGUAUUUUUUGAUAAGAAUGGAGAUAUUCCAAUUUCCAUAGAUAUUCUUAAUUGGUGGCUUUAUCCCAAUGGUAGCAAUCAGUAUGUCUAUGUUGGCAAAUAUGAUGGACGUGCUCCAGAAGGCAGUAAACUGCAGAUUGAUGAAAACAAGAUUAUGUGGAAUGGACACAAACAGCCCCCGAUUUCUGUCUGCAGUUAUCCUUGUCCAAAAGGAUUCAGAAGAGCUAAUCGUCAAGGACAAAAGAUCUGUUGUUUUGACUGCGUUCCAUGUUCUGAAGGCGAAAUCCUCAAUGCUAAUGAUGCUAAUGAAUGUCUUAAGUGUCCAGAAGAUCAAUGGCCAAAUCUAUCCAAAGAGAAAUGUGUUCCAAAAUCCAUCCAGUUUCUGGCUUAUGAUGACAUACUGGGAUCUUCUCUGGCCUCUAUCUCAAUUAUAUUUUGCCUUCUCACCUUUUUUGUACUUUGCCUAUUCCUUAUUAAGCACAAAACACCCAUUGUUAAGGCCAACAAUCGGGUGCUCAGUUAUCUUCUUCUUGUUUCCCUUAUGUUUUGCUUCUUAUGCUCAUUGGUAUUCAUUGGGCGUCCCACCAUUGUGACCUGCAUGUUACGUCAAGUAGUCUUUGGCAUUAUUUUCUCAAUUUGUCUUUCCAUAAUACUAGCAAAGACUAUCACUGUCAUCAUGGCAUUCAGAGCAACAAAUCCAGCAGAAACUAAAAUAAGAAAGCUUGUGAGACGAAGGAUUCCAAUAUACAUUAUUCCUUUUUGUUCUUUGAUACAGAUUCUAAUUUGCUUAAUAUGGCUAACUAGUUCUGCUCCCUUCGAAGAAUUCAAUAAGAUGGUAGAAAUUGGAACAAUUGUUAUUGAAUGCAACGAGGGAUCUAAAGUAUUGUUUUCAUGCGUUUUGGCAUAUAUGGGACUCUUAGCUUCCAUUAGCCUCAUUGUUGCAUUUCUGGCCAGGAAUCUCCCUGACACCUUUAAUGAAACCAAGUUCAUUACAUUUAGUAUGUUAGUGUUCGCUAGUGUUUGGAUUACAUUUAUCCCCGCUUAUCUUAGCACCAAAGGAAAAUACAUGGUGACAGUAGAAAUAUUUGCUAUAAUUUCUUCCUCUGCGGGGAUACUUGUUUGUAUCUUCUUUCCUAAAUGCUACAUUAUUUUAUUGCAACCAGAAAUGAAUAAUAAAAGAUAUAUAACCGGGAGUAGAAAAAGAUGAUGACUUUUCUUGAGAUUACCAGCCUCAAGAGUGAACAAAGUGACCAGAAUUUAAAAACUGAAGGUUUACUAUAAUAGAGGGUACAGCUAGAGAUGUUAAUGGUGUCCAAGCAGUGCUCUGAAUUCUGUAUUGUUGUCUUAAAUGUCUCCUAAAAAACAACAGUGAUCUUCCUCUGCCUUACACAUCCUAGGUGUAUAGCUGCAGUGUGAGAUCAUCUAAGAAAUCACCUCUCACUAAUAGUCUCAUGAGAUUUGCACUCUAGAUUGGUUGAUAUCAGUACUACGGUUCUUACUUUUGCUGCAGAGAAAGCUGUAUCAAGGUGCCUUCAGUGCAAGAACUUCAAUACUUCUGCUUCUUCAUACCUCUUCUUCUUGAAUAUUGCCCUACUAGUCAUUAGAGGGGCAGCUCUGACAUGAGGAAGCAAAGCCCUGCCUCUAUUAAAAAAGGUUACAUCCAGAAAGAUAGUAAUUAGUAAAUGAUUAGCUGCCUAUAGAAAAACUUGUGACUAACCUUUUGUCGCUUUCUGGUUUAAUGCCCUGUACACAUGAUCGGAAACUAAGACAAGAAAAUACAAUGUGAGCAUUUGGUCGGAAAUUCCAACCGUGUGUAUGCUCCAUCAAACUUUUGCUGUCGGAAUU